AUGUCUGAUUCUUCAAUGGAAAGUAAUGAAGAAACUAUUUCUAAAACUUAUGAAAGCAAUUUAGAAAUUGAUUAUGGUAACGAUUAUUUAUUAAAUGAUGUAGUUAAGGCAAUAUUAGUAAAAUUUAAUAAUUAUUAUAAUAAAUUAGAAGAAACUUCUCAUAUCGCAGCCUUUUUAGAUCCUAGAUAUAAAAAAUAUUGUUUUUCAGAAAUGACAGAUUAUGAAAUACCAAUACCAAUUAGAAAUCUAUUAGAGCAACAACAACAACAAGGAGUUCUUAUUAUAUCAACAAAAAAAGUUUCAAGCUUUUUAAAGAAGUUAAAAGGAGCAAAUCCUAUCAUUACAAACGUGGAUGAUGAAGUAAUAAAAGCACUCGGCUUUGGUCGAUCAGUUGAGAUUAAAAAUUAUGUCGGUGCUGCUAUAGUAUAG